CCUCCAGAAGAGUCAGACUUCCAACAGCAACGAACCAUGAAGUGUAACUAUCUCCUGUCCUGGGCCUUCCUGCUCGCCGCCUCCGGCCCGAUGCUGGGCCACCCCAUCACAGAAUCUGCUGAGAUGCCCUAUCCAGGUCCUGCAUCAUUAGAGGACCGAGGAGUCGCCACCCUGGAUGAUCUCUCUCUCUCCGAGCAAAACUUCCCCCCUCAGGACGGAGCUGGUCUCAGAUAUUCCACCCUCAUAUCUGGGGAGAUGAACAGAGACGGUGGGAGAACAACAGGCCUGUUUCCCAGAGGAAUGAAGAGAGAGGUUCUACUGGAGAAACAAAGUCUCCUGAAUCCAUUCAGCCACGUGUUUGGGAUCCGGAAGCAGUUCAGGAAGAGAGCAGGGAAUUCUGAGUGCUUCUGGAAAUAUUGUGUUUAAAACUGGGCGUUAAUGCUCCACACAAGAGACAGGGCUCAAACAAACUAAUGCAGCCAAAAUCCACAUCAUGCCUGUUUGUACACGCCUAGUACAUGUACUCACACACACAUAUAGGUAGGAAAGACUGAGACAUAUUGUGUGAGGAGUUAAGAAUGAUUUAAUUUCACCUUUACGUUGUUUGAAACUAUACUUGUGUACAAAGUCCUUGUUAAACAGCACCGUAUGCUGAAUGGAAUUAAA